AUGCCAUCGAGUGAGUCAUCAGCUCCACCGGCUCUUGGUCCGCCGGCAUUGUCGGGCGUUGCAGGACGCUUGUCAAGUUUUCCUGCCCCUCCAGGCGUCUUUUCGCAGCCUAUCGAAGCAGAAUUACAAACACAGUUAUCUCUUUCAAAACAGACGCCCUAUCAGCGAUUGCAAUCUGGAAUUAGCCGAGGCGACACAGCUAUUCUUCUGGGUCAAAGAGACUUCGCCGCAACGUUGAAUCGGCCAAGGUGCUGCCUUGUGUCACUUUUGUGCACAGUUGCCGGAGGAGGCAUCGGACCAGAUGGGAGGGCAUCCACAGUAGGGCCUUCAGCAAUAUCUCAAAUGUUUUUACCUGCGCCGUCGUCUUAUGAUGGCUCAGAGUUCCCGGCCGCCGAGCCACAUCCGGAUGAUAAUCAAGAAGCACUGAGCAAGAGGCACGUGCGCAUGUUGUAUAUUAUAUUUUGCGCUCAAAAAUUCUUCUGUGAACUUCUUGGCACUCUUUUUCUUGUCACAUCCAUUGCUUUGGCAGAAAAAGGUAGCCAUGGGACCCUUUCACCGUUUUCUGUGUCUGCGGUGGUAUAUGUAUUGACAUUUUUGUUUGUGCCCAUAAGUGGAGCUCAUUUCAACCCAGCAGUGUCUACUGCGAUGUUCCUAACAUCCAAGCAGUUCCACUUCUUCGAAUAUUGCUCAUACUUCCUAUGCCAGCUGAUAGGAGGCACCGGCGGAGCCAUAAUUGGCUGGGCAAUUAUGGGAGAGCCGCUUAACAUCCUUCCUCUUGAUCCUGGGGCGUCGUCGGCUAGGUCCAUAUUCCACGAGGUCAUCCCCACAAUCCUGCUUAUCUAUACAUGUCUUGUGCUUACUUUCGCAACGAGCGCUGGGGAUGUUAGCCUUCUCACCAUCCCCUUGACUGCCUCUAUGGUUGUACUGUUCGGUGCCAUUGCCGGAGCAACAAUGAACCCCGCGGUAGCGACCGGUAUCUACAUGUCUCAUAUCAUUGUAGGGAAUUACCAUGUCCUAACUCGAGAGAUUCUGAUCGGUAUCUUAUGCCCUUUCCUGGGAGCGCUCCUUUCCGUCAUUGGCUUUGUAGUCACCCAUGCAUAUACUCAUCCCCUUGAGCUCCGCUUUAUCCAUUUUACAUAA